AUGCCCGUGUCAUUGGUGAAGGGCAGCCAAUUGUCGUCAACCAACAGCAUUGGCACUGCAAUGAAGUACGUGGAAGGCGAGAGCUGUUUCUCGGCAGCUACCACUGCGGCACGAACACCGGACGCCAGACGCCAGACGCCGCGCAGUCCGGGUAAUCGUAGGAUGAGGGGGAGGCAAACGGCAAACGGGAAAAUUCCCGUCUUUUCCGGGUCUAGUCUCAUCCAACAACAAAACAUUCGCGACGUUGAGGUUGGUAAGUCCCAGUUUUCCUUCCAAUAUCCAAAAGUCUGGACCUCAGGAGAGCAAGGUCGCAUGACCACGUCAAGGAACAAGCCAAGAGCUGAAGCCUCCCGGCAAGCUCGAACAGCUCAAAGCCUCGAACAACAACCCAAGAGAUCCGGCCGCUGGAACACUUAUGCGGGGCAGGCCCCGCAAGAUGUGUUCAUGUGUACAGCCUUUUCUCCCGGGGGUCAGAGAGACGGACGGUGGGACAUGAUUCACGUAUUCGGCCUCUUCCAGCUUCGCUAG